AUGGCUCUUCCUCAUAUUAUUAUUAGCUUGAUAAUAUUCUCAAGCUUCUUUCCAUUUCCAUUUCCAUUUCCAUGCCAUGCAAUCACAGACACGCUUACAAUUUCAGAAUCGUUGAGAGAUAACCAAACGCUGGUUUCUGCCGGUGGUGUUUUCGUCCUCGGUUUCUUCAUCGAUAGCUCUUCAGGUAAUCACUAUCUGGGUAUAUGGUUGAAAGCUGAUGCAAAGAGAGUUGUAUGGGUUGCCUACCGUGAAAUACCUAUAUUGGACUCUUCCGGCGUGCUUCAAAUUCGGGCAGGGAAUCUGGUUAUCUCCGACCGCCGACAACUGCAGCUCAUAGUCAACUCGGGAAACGUUGCCGCCACCACCAAAACAAGUGCAACACUUCUUGAUACUGGAAAUCUUGUGCUAAAGGAUGAAAAUACAGGUAACGUAACAUGGCAAAGUUUCGAUGUACCGACUAAUACAUAUCUUCCGGGGAUGAAAAUUGGGCUGUUUGACCUGAACACAACACAGCAAAGCUUUCAGAUUCUCACUUCUUGGGCAAGCCCCCAAAACCCUAAUCGUGGCGUCUUCACCUUAUCAAUAGACAGAAUUGACUUCACUAAAAUUGAUGUUUGGCGAGGAGAUGGACUCCAAAUGCAUAUCGCUUUCUGGGACGGACAUGAUCUCCGGUUCAUUUUCGAAAACACAACCGUAAACAAUGACUACGACUUUAGCUACAAGUCAAUUGAUGGAUAUGAAGCCUACUACACUUUUAGCCACAGCAGGAAGUAUGACCUCAUGUGGUUUGUAAUGGCUUCGACAGGAAAUCUGGACCAGUACUUCAUGGUGAAUGGGAAGAUUACUUCUGUGAGUCAUGCCUUGUGUGAAGAUUCAGGUGGUGGUAAUAGUGGAAAAUGCUUGACAUCUCUACCGCCUAUGUGUGGUGAUACAUUUAACGAGAGGAAUGGUUCCACUGGUUCGUUGCCGUCUACGGUUGAGGUCGAGUCAAUUGAUAUCGGGGCUAGUGAUUGUGAGACCUUGUGCAAGAGCAAUUGUUCUUGUACUGCUUAUGUUUCAGUUCAGAGUGAUCGAUCGGUUUGUCAACUUUAUUAUGGGAGUCGACAGGAGUUGAUGAAGAUCAUGGAGAAAGGGGGAGGGACUAUUUAUUAUGUCCGUGGUUCUGCUAACACAAGUGGUGGUAAGAAGUGGAAAAGGUGGUUAACGGUCGUGCUCCCGGUGGUUUUCCUCUCGGCACUUAUUUCAAUCUUCUUAUUCUGCUAUCUACGUUGGAGAAGAGGACCUAAAGGAAGUAGACGAGAAGUGAUAGUCAUUUCGGAUGAAGUGAGAUUAUUCCAAAUUGGCUCCAGUAAUGCUUCACCAAUUCAGUUUGAUCCAGCUAGGGUUGCAAAUCUGAUGGAAUUAAACAGAUCGCAGAAGGAUCAGGAACUGCCAUUCUUUACUUUCUCUGACAUAAAAACUGCAACGAACGACUUUGCAAAGGCUAAUAAACUUGGGGAAGGCGGAUUCGGGCCUGUCUACAAGGGAAGGCUAUUAGAAGGACAGAAUGUCGCAGUGAAAAGGUUGUCCGAAUUGUCGAGGCAAGGAUUGGAGGAGUUCAAGAACGAGGUCUUAGUCAUUUGUAAGCUCCAACACAGGAACCUGGUCAGGAUUUUGGGGUGCUGCAUUGAAGGAGAAGAAAGUAUACUAGUUUAUGAGUACAUGCCCAACAAAAGCUUAGAUUCCUUCAUUUUUAAUUCUGCCAAACGGGCUCUUUUGGAUUGGAAAAAGCGCAUAAAAAUUAUUGAAGGGAUUGCUCAAGGUCUUCUAUAUCUUCACAAGUACUCAAGAUUACGAAUCAUUCACCGCGAUCUAAAGACCAGUAACAUUCUGCUGGACAGUGACAUGAACCCGAAAAUUUCUGAUUUUGGCAUGGCAAGGAUUUUUGGGGACAAUGACACUAAAGGAAAAACAAACCGGGUUGUUGGUACAUUUGGUUACAUGUCUCCGGAAUAUGCCAUGGGCGGCCUAUUUUCUGAAAAGUCAGAUGUGUUUAGCUUUGGGGUGAUCAUAUUAGAGAUCAUUAGUGGGAAGAAGAACAUUCCAUAUUUUGAGUCCGAUCAAGAUAGUCUAAACUUACUUGGCAAUGCCUGGAAUUUAUGGAAUGAAGGCAAGAGCAUGGAGUUAUUAGAUUCAACACUGGUUGCAUCUUGUUCAAGUAGUGAAGUUACGAGGUGCCUCCAGAUGGGGCUUCUGUGCGUCCAAGAAAGAGCCAUGGAUCGACCAAACAUGUCGAACGUGGCCGCAAUGUUAAGCAAUCAAUCAUUUCCUCUGCCUUUUCCUAACGAACCUGCAUUUUGGAGCCAGCUAAGUUCUACUGAUGCAGAUACAUCUUCAAGCAGGCAACGACAUUACUCUACAAUCGAUUCAACUCUAACUAUUUCAGAAGUGCAUGCAAGGUAGUAAUGUACGUAGAAAGCUCAAGCGUUGUAGGCAUUGAUCAUUACCAAAUCCAUCAUGCAAGUACUAGUACUGUAGUACUAUGUUCCGUUUGUUGUGUGAGA